GCCUCGUAGAUAUAGGAGAGCGGAUAAAGAUUCGCGCAGCAGCAACGUGAGGCAAAGAACGCAGUCCUCGGAAUCUUAGCAGCAGCACCACGCGAAGGACGCAGCAAUGGCCUCCCUCACCGCGGUCGCGGCCGUGCAACCUGUGGCCGUGAAGGGCCUCGCAGGGAGCUCCUUCAACGGCAACAAGCUCGCACUCAAGCCCUCCCGCCGCAUCGCCUCUCGCGCCAACCUCAGGCCUGGCGCCGCCGUGGUCGCCAAGUACGGGGAGAAGAGCGUGUACUUCGACCUCGAAGACAUCGGCAACACCACGGGCCAGUGGGACCUCUACGGCUCCGACGCCCCUUCGCCCUACAACCCACUCCAGAGCAAGUUCUUCGAGACGUUCGUUGCUCCUUUCACCAAGCGGGGUCUGUUGCUCAAGUUCUUGCUGCUGGGUGGCGGCUUUUCGAUAGCCUACCUGGGAUCCACCGCCUCCGGCGACAUACUACCCAUCAAGAAGGGCCCGCAGCUGCCUCCUACUCCGGGGCCUCGCGGCAAGAUCUAAGCGAUCGGUGUAAACAUCAAAGAAGCUCGAUUAUUUCCUUUGUACUCUGUUCCAACUUUAUGCUCGUCGUGUGUGAACAAAGAUCGACAUGGAAUGCUUCUUUUGGGCUCA